AUGCCUACUCUGGCAAUCACCAACUUCAACAUUGUGUGUUCGGUUCUUGGCGGAUUCAUCACACUGUUUGGAUUAGUUUCGUACCUUUUCAAAGAGAAAUUCUACCUCAGUGAAGCACUGAUCUCGCUGCUUGCUGGAGUUACGUUCUCCCCACAUGCAACCAAUUUCAUCAAACCUCUCGAUUACGCAGGUUCCGAAGCAAACCUCGACGCGAUCACCCUAUACUUCACUCGCCUCGUUUUAGGGGUCCAACUGGUCCUUGCAGGUGUGCAACUUCCGAGUCGAUAUCUACACACAGAAUGGAAAGCCCUAGCGCUUCUGCUGGGUCCGAUAAUGACCCUGAUGUGGCUUUCUAGCAGUCUUAUUAUUUGGGCACUGGUACCUCAUAUACCUUUUCUACAUGCCCUUGCUGUUGCAGCAUGUGUCACCCCGACCGAUCCCGUAUUGUCGAACAGUAUUGUUAAGGGGAAAUUCGCGGAUAAGAAUGUCCCGAGAGAUCUCCAGAAAAUUAUCAUCGCAGAAUCCGGAGCAAAUGAUGGUUUAGGAUACCCCUUCCUGUUUUUGGCUUUGUACUUGAUCAAAUAUACUGGCGAAGGAGGAGCCGGUCAGCACGGAGGUGCAAGGACAGCUAUGGGUCUUUGGUUUGGAGAGACCUGGGGAUAUACUAUCGCACUGAGUGUGAUCUAUGGUGCAACUGUUGGAUGGAUUGCCAAGGAGCUGCUUCAUUUCGCCGAGGAAAGAAAGUACGUCGACCGCGAAAGCUUUUUGGUUUUUGCUAUUACGCUCGCGCUCUUCAUUGUUGGAACCUGUGGUAUGAUUGGAAGUGAUGAUGUAUUGGCCUGCUUUAUCGCUGGAAAUACGUUCACUUGGGACGAUUGGUUUCGCCUCGAGACAUUGGAUGAUUCUUUGCAACCUACCAUUGAUAUGUUGCUUAAUCUUUCAAUUUUCAUUUGGUUUGGUGCCAUCUGUCCUUGGCCGACGUUUUUGACGAAUGAUGUCAUACCGAUUUAUCGACUGAUCCCUUUAGGAAUAAUGAUCCUCCUUUUCAGACGUCUCCCGAUCGUCUUUGCUUUUCACACCAAGAUCCACCAAAUAGAAGAUCCUCGACAGGCCAUAUUCGUUGGGUUUUUUGGUCCAAUUGGAGUCUCUGCGAUAUUCUAUCUUUAUAUUAGUCUUGAAUUUUUGGAGACAUUAACUGUGGAUGGUGUACAGCGUGCAGACGCCGAACAUCUGAAGGAGGUUAUGACAGUUGUUAUCUGGUUCUUAGCUAUUUGCAGCAUUGUUGUUCAUGGGCUUUCAAUUCCUUUGGGGAAGCUAGGGUUUUUCUUACCUCGUACCCUGUCCCGGGCAUUUACGUCUCAGGCGAAUUCCCCAAGCACUCAGUCCUUCACAACAGCAGACCGUAUUCUGCCCGCAAACAUUGCUAGCGCUCUUCGUGAAAGACGCAAUCGACGCACCAGCCGCUCACGUAACAACAGCCGCUCUUCUCGACACUCGGUCACUGAUGAUAGUACACCAGGCCUUCCAAUCUAUCGCAUCGGAGGCACAGUCAUAAAGGAGAGUGACUCCACGGGCUCGCCUAUUCAGUUGGGCCCUCAAGAAGCGGGUCCGGAUGGUCCGCCGCAAUUGCCGGAGAGAACUAUUAGGUUCCCGGACGAGGAGGGGAUUUCAACGGCCACUACGGGGGGCAGAGCUUGA